AGCACGUCAGGCGAGUACUACGACGUGUUCUGUCACAUGACCGAUAUUGAAACAUGUGGUACAGGAGGCUGGACACUAGUCAUGAAGUUGGACGGGAAUAAGAAUACAUUUAUUUAUAACUCUCCCCUGUGGACGAACAAGGAGACAUACGCGAUACAAGAUGGUCUGGAAGGACUGACGGGGAACGAAAGCAAGUUGGCUUCGUACUGGAAUACUCCGUUCACAAAAAUUUGCCUGGGUAUGUCGUAUAACGGAGAAACAAAAUGGAUAAACCUGGACUACACCGCAAGUUCGCUGUACAGUGUGAUCGCAGAUGGAAAAUUCCGGGAAACGACCGCUGGUCGGGCUGCAUGGAAAUCAUUAAUCGCAGGCUCAUCACUGCAGUAUAACUGCAACAAGGAGGGGUUCAAUGUACCGGUAAAUAGGCACAAUAGAAAAAUUCGCCUUGGGAUCGUUGGCAAUAACGAGAGGAACUGUGAUUCAUGCGAUUCUUGGCUUGGUUUAAGCAUUCUUGAUGAUACGUACCACGAGGUCUGUGGCAAUACGGCAAUCUGUUGCUAUAGUGAUAAUGGGAACAAAAAUAUGAAAACAUUCGGAUAUAUUCUAGUACAAUAG